AUGAGUCUCCUACUGCCGCUGCGGUGCUGGUGCUCAGAAGCCAAACCAGGACAAGAGCCCGCGCCGGCCGGUUCUGGUCUGGGCAGACCGGGUCAUAGUGGCAGGUCGCAGGAGGUCUCAGGCUUCAGCUCCGGUUCGGCUGUCAGAGAGAGAGAGAGGAACAUGACGACCAACGGGCUGCUGCUGUGGACGCUGCUGCUGCUGGCGACGGUCCCUGGCUCUGCGAGUCCUGGUCCUGGACUGAACCUGGGAGAGGACUAUGAGGUGGUGCGGCCGGUCAGACUCCACACGGUCAACAAGAGACACGCAGAGCUCCACAGGCCACAGACGGUGAAGUACGCUCUGACUGUGGGAGGCCGAGCGCUGCAGAUGCACCUGCAGAGGAACGAUGAGUUGCUGACCGGAGACUACAGCGAGACUCACUACCUCCAGGAUGGCACCCGCGUCACCAGGGCCCUGGACCACAUCGAUCACUGCUAUUACCAAGGGACGAUCGUGGGCGACAGGGCGUCUGCGGCCAGCAUCAGCACGUGUGACGGGCUCAGAGGGUACUUCAGGACGUCUGAGCAGCGCUACCUGAUCGAGCCGCUGACCUCGGAGCCGGACGGGGAUCACGCCGUGCAGCCGUUCCCUCAGGACGAGGGUCAGGGUCCUGAGGGUCAGGGUUCGACUCCAGGCGUGUGCGGCGUCACCAACACCACCUGGGACGAGGACUACGAGCCCCCGACCGGCCGCAGCCGCUCCAGGGCAGCUGGAAUCUCCAUCGUCCAACAGCAGAAAUACUUGGAGCUGUUUCUAGUGGCCGACAACAGACUGUUUGAGAAAAUGAAGCGAGACAUGAGCGAGCUGAGGAAGAGGAUGUUCGAGGUGGUGAACUUCGUGAACAUGGCGUACAAACCCAUGCGGACCUUCGUGGCACUGGUCGGUCUCGAGGUCUGGUCCAACGGAGACCAGAUCUCGAUCACUCAUCCGGCCGGAGAAAACCUGAACGCCUUCAUGAACUGGAGAAACUCUGAGCUGGUCAAGACCAAGAAGCAUGACAACGCUCACCUCAUCAGUGGGAUAGACUUUGAAGGAGCCACUGUUGGACUGGCCUUCGUUGGGACGCUGUGCUCGGGGCACUCAGUUGGAGUUGUGCAGGACCACAGUGGCCGGGCCAUAGCCGUGGGGGCCACUCUGGCCCAUGAGAUGGGUCACAAUCUGGGCAUGAAUCACGACGACUCAGGCUCCUGCGUGUGCACCGGGGACAGCUGCAUCAUGGCCCCGUCCCUCAGCUACAACGUGCCGCAGAGCUUCAGCAGCUGCAGUGGGACUCACUUUGAGAAGUACCUUUUGAACCGUAUCCCCAGCUGCCUCCAGGACAAACCCGACUUCAGGAGUGUGGUGGCGCCCCCUGUCUGCGGCAACGGCUUCAAGGAGACGGGCGAGGACUGUGACUGCGGCUCCGUGGAGGAGUGCACCAACCUCUGCUGCAACGCCUCCUCCUGCUCCUUCAGCGAGGGCUCCCAAUGUGCGGAGGGGGAGUGCUGUGAGGACUGUAAGAUCCUGGGUCGGUCCCGUCAGUGCCGGCCGCAGCAGGACGAGUGUGACUUGGCUGAGUUCUGUGAUGGGAAGAGUGCGGUCUGUCCUGAGGAUGUGUUUGGCGUCAACGGAGCUCCGUGCGACGGCGCUCAAGGAUUCUGCUACAACGGACAGUGUCCCCAGAGACUGAGCCAGUGCCUCAAGAUGUACGGCCCAGGAGCCGUCGACGCUCGCCUCGGCUGCUUCUCCCAGAACUCCAGAGGAACUUACUACGCCUUCUGCAGACGCCCUGCUCAGAGCACCUUCAUCCCCUGCCAGGACGAAGAUGUGUUCUGUGGGAAACUGUUCUGUCACAACGGGAAAGACAGCCCCAACUACGGCCGCAUGGUGCGAGUGGGAGACUGUAAAGCCACGUUCUACGAUGACUUCACCAAAGACUUCGGACAAGUGGACCCUGGGACCCAGUGUGGGGAGGGGAAGGUGUGUAGUCAGAACGAGUGUGUGGACCUGGAGACCGCAUACCGCAACACAAACUGCUCGGCCAAAUGUCCCGGCCACGCGGUGUGUAACCACAGAGAUGAGUGUCAGUGUGAACCCGGCUGGAUGCCUCCCACCUGCGACACGAAGGACGGAGACUUCUCGCCCGUGUCCACAGGGGUCAUCGCUGCCAUCUGUGCCGCGGUCGCUCUGCUGCUCCUCGCGGCCGUCGUGGGAGUUGUGGUUUUCAUUUGGAGGAAGCGCCGGGGUCCAGUCUUACCCACCACGCAGACCCAGAGGAAACCCUACCUCUCACAGACUCCAGCUCAGCCUUCUCCAGCUCUGGCGGUGAAAGUAAAGCCCAGAGCCGCUCCUCCUCCACCGCCCCCUGCUGGAGCCAGGGCCGCAGCGCAGCCCUACAGCGCUGUCCGACAGGCCUUGAGACCGGUUCCUCCGCCUAAAGUCUGA